ACUUCCCCCCGCCCCUUUUUUUCUUUAUUUCGACCUCAUCAAAGUUUUUUAAGCUAUAGCUAGCUGUAGCACAAGAAGCACUCAGCCAUUUGCUUUUUCUUUUCCUUUUAAUUUUUCCCAUUUGUUGCCGAGUCUUUUAACCUUAUUUUUAGCAUUUAAUUUGUCAUGGAGUAAAAGUGUAAUAAAAAAAAAUGGGUCGGAUUCCAUGUUGUGAGAAAGACAAUGUUAAAAGAGGACAGUGGACACCCGAGGAAGACAACAAGCUCUCUUCUUACAUUGCCCAACAUGGCACCCGCAAUUGGCGUCUCAUCCCCAAGAAUGCUGGUCUCCAAAGAUGUGGGAAAAGCUGCCGAUUGCGAUGGACUAAUUACCUUCGGCCGGACCUUAAACAUGGCCAGUUCUCCGAUGCUGAGGAGCAAACUAUUGUGAAGCUCCAUUCUGUUGUUGGCAACCGUUGGUCCUUGAUUGCAGCACAGUUACCUGGUCGGACAGACAAUGAUGUUAAAAAUCAUUGGAACACCAAGCUGAAGAAGAAGCUUUCAGGCAUGGGUAUCGAUCCUGUGACACACAAGCCUUUCUCUCACCUCAUGGCUGAGAUAGCCACUACAUUGGCACCACCGCAGGUGGCUCAUUUAGCUGAAGCGGCGCUAGGGUGUUUCAAGGAUGAAAUGCUCCACCUGCUAACUAAGAAACGUAUCGAUUUCCAGCUUCAACAAUCAAAUCCGGGACAAGGGAAUAAUACCACAGUUCCUUACAUCAAACAAGAUGAGAAAGAUGAUACAGUUGAGAAGAUCAAACUGAAUUUAUCAAGGGCUAUACAAGAACCGGACAUGCUUCCCUUGAAUAAACCAUGGGAGUCUACUAGUACAAGAGCAACAUCGGCUAAUUUUGAAGGGGGUUGUGGUGUUUUCCCUACAUCUGUGACGGGAUAUCAUCAUUAUGGCCCAUCAUCUUUUGCCAAUGAAGGGGGCGGUUCCGGCUCACCAUGGAGCCAGAGUAUGUGUACGGGAAGCACAUGUACCGCAGGGGAACAAGUUAGGUCACAUGAGAAAUUAAAGGAUGAAAACGGUGAAGAAUUUCAAGGUGGGAAAGAAAUUAAGAAUGCAACAAGCAUAUUCAAUACAGAUUGUGUGUUAUGGGAUAUACCAUCUGAUGAUCUUAUCAACCCUAUUUAUAGAGAAGCCUUUAACAACAAAGAAUAA